UUUUGUUUUUUUGAAUUUUUCUCCCCUCAUUCUACAAAUAGCCCAUUAGCCCAUUGCUGCAUUUGUGCUGAUUUGAAGCUUAAGCUGCCAUGGAAAACCGCGGCAUGUUCUUCCUUGUCUUCUGCAUUUGCUUGUGUUUAUCUUCAUUUCCUUUUGUUGGAGGAAGAUUUCAUAAUCAUACAAAACACAAGCAUAAUUACCCACCUUCCCAAAUUGCAAUUCCACCGAGUCUUUCACCAGAGCCUUCUAUGAAUCCUGGUCUCAUGCCAGACGAAUCGUCUGCGCCAAGCCUUCCACCAGCGCCAGCCUCCAGUAGCAAUACUGCUAAAUCUUCUUCUGUUUUCAAUGUACGUAAGUUCGGGGCAAUCGGCGAUGCUGUGACUGAUGAUACACAGGCAUUCAAGGCUGCUUGGGAAGCAGCUUGCCAGGUAAAAUCAGGCGUUCUUCUCGCACCUGAAGGCUACACUUUCAUGAUUCAAUCGAUGAUUUUCACAGGCCCAUGUCAAAACAAUUUGACAUUUCAGAUUGAUGGCAUUAUCUCGCCGCCAGACGGUCCAGAUUGCUGGCCGCAGAAUAACAGCAAGCACCAAUGGCUGGUAUUUUACAGAAUGGAUGGAAUGAGACUACAAGGCGGCGGAGUCAUAGAUGGAAGGGGACAGAAGUGGUGGAAUCUCCCCUGUAAACCUCACCGGGGAAUUCACGGAUCGACAUUGCCCGGACCUUGUGACAGCCCAGUUGCUCUAAGGUUCUUCAUGAGCUCCAAUCUGACAGUACAAGGACUGAAAAUUCGGAACAGUCCUCAGUUUCAUUUCCGAUUUGAUAGUUGCAAGAACGUCAUCAUCAAUACAAUUUCAGUGUAUUCACCUGCUCUCAGUCCUAACACAGAUGGGAUUCACAUCGAGAACACUGAUACAGUAGGAAUUUACGAUUCCAUCAUCUCCAACGGCGACGAUUGUAUAUCGAUUGGAUCCGGUUCUUGGAACAUAGACAUAAAGAACAUUACGUGCGGUCCCAGCCAUGGAAUCAGCAUUGGAAGCUUAGGUAAACACAAUUCGCGCGCAUGUGUCAAGAACAUAACGGUCCGCAACACCAUCAUAAGGCACUCGGAUAACGGGGUCCGCAUCAAGACAUGGCAAGGUGGGUCAGGCUCGGUAUCGGCCGUAACCUUCAAGGACAUUUACAUGGACACUGUGAGGAACCCGAUCAUCAUCGACCAGUACUACUGUCUCACAAAGGGGUGCACCAACCAGACAUCGGCGGUCCUUGUAUCGGACAUCUUGUACACAAGCAUCAAAGGCACGUAUGACAUUCGGAGCCCGCCGAUACAUUUCGGUUGCAGCGACUCGGUCCCAUGCACCAACUUAACACUAGCCGAGGUGGAGCUUCUUCCAGCCCAGGGUAACAUUGUUUUGGACCCUUUCUGUUGGAAUGCAUACGGAGCUCUGCGAACGCUUACAAUCCCACCGAUCACAUGCUUAAUGGAGGGCUGGCCCCAGGCAUUGACGGCGUUCGACGCUGAGAAAUGCUAAUUAAUUGGAUAUAGAACAGGCUUUUAUAUGUACAAAAGCUAUAGUAUGUAACUAUUUAUGAAAUCAGAAGUGUGUGAU